UUCACAGCCAAUCGGCUGAAAGGACUUCGGUGUUGUGUUUGCUUCAGGCCAACCGCGUAGUUCACGUUUGUUUCUACGCUUUUCUGACUGAUGAAUGAAUGAUUACAGUUAGUCAAGAUGCCACUAAUUAGCGUAUUUUACUUGUGUCGUUUUGAAGAGCCGUAUGUUGAUGCAAAGCUUGUCUAUUUUCUUUUUAAGCGACUUAGAAUAAUACUUAACAGUCGCUUCAGAAGUCUAGGAUUGUCAAGCGAAGACGUAUAACGGUGCAGUGAAGAUAGGAAUGAAGCCCCCUUGUUAGUAGUCUCAUUUCAAGCCAGAGCACACUGAUGUCCAAUUCUGAGCAGCCUAAGAGUCAAAUCGGCAACUUUCGCUCACCUCAUUCAUUAGGAGCAUCUAGUGAUGAGCCCAAAAAAGAGAAUGUGUACGAGUCUGCAAUCAGAAGUCUAGUUCAAGUGGAGCAGACUUUCCUAGCCUUGCUUGCUGACAUCAAUGGAGUUAUUCUGAAACAGCUGCAGCAGGCAAAACUGUCAGAUCCAAAAGGAAAAAUUAACCCAGAAGUACUGGACAGUCUAAACUGUGAAUUCCAAACUUUGUGGGACCAGGUUCUUAGAAACUACAGGACACUUCCGCAGCACUCUGAUCCUUACAAGGCCUUCAGCAUUGAGAACAUUUACAUUAUCCGUGAUAAAGGUCACCUUACUGAAAAUUAUGUAAGAUACUUGACAGCUUUCACUAAUUUUGUAACCAUCCGUGGUUUUGAUCAAGUGGCAAAACAAACAAGUGAUUACUGGAAGAAGAACAAGAAAAUCUUACAAGGGUUUCUUAAUGACUCAACCUCAGAAACAUCAGUUGCUGUGCUCCUUUACAGAAAUCUUCAUGAGCCGUUUAAAAAUCAGAUACUCCAGUAUUCGUUAAUCCUCACCAGACUAAGUCAGGAGUUAGGAGAGUGCUCAGAAAAGGGUCUUGUUGCAGAUGCUCUUCAAAACUUUGUCGACCUACAACAUUUUAUUAACCAGGUUUUAGAUGAAGCUUCUUUGACAAAGAUCUUAUGGAAAUCACUGGGGCAUAAAGCAAGGGACACCUUAUGCACUCCUGAGCGCAGGAUCAAUGAGGACAGUAAAACGAUUCCAAUAGCAUUGAGCAGUGGGAAGUCAAGUGGGGACAGAAUCUUGCUCUUUAAUGACAUUUUAGCAAUCCUUCAGGGAAGUAAUGACAUCACGUGCUAUAAUCUGACUACUGUGUGGGUGGAUUGCUUAUCUGAAGAAGAUUCUGGCAAAUAUGGACUUGGAAUACUAACUGCCAGAAAACACAAGAAGAAAACAUCACGGAGUAAAAUAAACAAUUCAAAGAGCUUAGGUGACAGAAGAAACUGUUUGCGGAUCAUCACUCCUGAGGAAGAGCUACUUCUGCACACUAAAGAAGCACCACAAAAGGCUCUGUGGCACUGGAAAAUAAAUCAGGCAAUCCGUCAGAGUCUUGAAGGAAAACGUGACUUUCCUCUUUGGGGAGGAAGCAAAGACUGCCAGCUUCUCCUUUCUCGGUUUGCAUCAUAUACCUUUAAAAAAGAGAGCAAGUUCAAAAAUGCAUUAUAUGAAGGUGAUUGGAAUUGUGGAAAGCCCCAUGGCAAGGGCACCAUGAAAUGGCCUGAUGGAUGCAAUUAUUCUGGUGACUUUCAUGAUGGUCUCGAAGAUGGGUUUGGAAUAUACCUUAUUCCUGGGAUAUCAUCCGAUGGAUUUAAUUGCUAUAAGUGCCACUGGAAAUGUGGAGUAAUGCAGGGCUAUGGAAUUUGCGAGUAUGAAGAUGACACAACAUACAAUGGAUAUUUUAAAAAUAAUUUGCGAAAUGGAUUUGGCACUCUCAGAGGUACAGAAAUGAGAAACCAUCCUUUCAAGUACACUGGGCAUUGGGAGAAUAAUAUCAAAAGUGGUUAUGGAAUCUGGGAUGACCCUAACAGAGGGCAGAGAUAUAUUGGGAUGUGGCAAGAUGACUUCAGACAUGGACAAGGCAUUGUGGUUACUCAGUCUGGAUUGUGCUACCAGGGAACCUUUAUCAGUGGUAAGAUGAUGGGGAGUGGCAUACUGCUUUCAGAGGACAAUACCAUCUAUGAAGGGGAAUUUACAGAAGAACUGGUAUUAAAUGGAAAGGGUAAGCUGACAUUUCCAAAUGGCUUUACACUAGAAGGUACAUUCAGCAACCAGUGGGGUGAUAAUCUUCAGGCUAGUGGAAUCUUGUCUACUUGUCGCAAAGAAGAGGAUUUGAAAACAGCAGAAAAGAUCCAGCUGGAUCUCAGUGAAUUGCCAAUGGAAGAGCGAUGGCAGGGCAUUUACCGUCCGUUCCAGGAGUUCAUUCUGCAUGGAUGUCAAGCAGAGAUGGAAGAGUCCUAUCUGGGAUUUCAUACCCACAGCAGGAAAGAGCUGAGAAAAAGUCAAGAUUAUUUAUUUUGUCACAGGACAAAUGCAGAUGCGGUGGAUACAGCAGAAAACAUUGUAGGAGAAUUGAGCAAACUGAAUUUACUUGAGGAUAUGAAGCAUUAUUUAGAAACGGCUUUUGAAUCUACACAGAACCCACUGGGGAAACUACUGAAGACAUUAACUCUGGCAUUUCAAGCCACUUACUCAGGGGUCGGAGCCAAUAAACACCUGCUGACCAUGGCCAAAGAGGAGGUGCUGUUCCAUGCAGAGAAAAUAACAGAGUUUAUCAAAAUUUUACACAUGGGAUUACAGACUGAUGAAUCACACCUUUGCGAGCCCAGUGACAGCAGAAAAAGAGAGGAGUUUAACUCGUAUACCUUGGUUCUGCCUCUCAUUCUGCCUCGAUUCCAUCCUGAGUUAUACAUGAUGUAUAUGCUUUACCAUGAAAAAGAAGAUGCCCUGUAUUGGCAGGGUAUUAUACACCUAGGCCUGCUACCAGACACACAACUUUUGGAAUUCUUAGAAGUACAGAAGCAUCUGUGGCCCCUCCAGGAUCUGACGUUAACUGUCAAUCAGAGGUACUCCUUAGUGAGAGAUGAGUGUUUCCUGUCAGCAAUUGAAUGUUUUCAAAAGAUAAGCACUACAGUUGAUCCCGAGCUAAAGAUGAUAACCUUCAUGAAGACCUAUGAUGAGAUAGAAAAGACAGUCGCUCGAGUCUUGGAGAAAGAGUAUAAACUUCCAAUGGAUGAUCUUCUACCUUUAUUGGUGUAUGUUGUGUCAAGAGCAAAGAUUCAACACUUGGGAGCGGAACUCCACUUUAUCCGGGAUAUGAUGGACCCAUGCCAUGAAGGAGGGCUACAUGACUUUAUGCUGACAGCACUGGAGUCCUGUUACCUGCAUCUCCAGAAAGAAGAGAUACGAAACAGUUGUAUUGGUGAGUGAUGACACUACAGGCAGCAAAGGGCAAAAACAAGACUCCAGAAUACUGACUUCAUGUACUACCUGGACCAACUAAAGCUGUUACAAGUACUUAGGUAAACUUAGGUAUUCCUUAUCAUUUGCUGGACGUAAAAGAAGACAAGAUGCCUUUGCGAUUUCUGAGAAGGGAUGGUUCUAAGUUCCUCAUUUACAGCAUCGAAACCUAUACUACACCUUCAGAAUAUUAUAGAAAUGACCUAUAUGCUGCUUAACAGACGGAAGAAAAAGGUUUUGUUAGUAUCUUCAGCGUACCGCCUUAAUACUUUGAGAUAAAACAUUUAGAAAAUAAAGACAAAUGGGGACACUUUAAAGGAGCAAUUGCAGUGCUACGUCCAUUUAGUUACAUGACCAUUUAAUAUUUGUGGAACCGACAUGUUUGUGACUUGUUACUGAGACUCAGUGAGAUGUAUUUAUACAUUGUUUAUUUUAAGAUGUUAUAUAACAGAGAACUAUAUUUUGUCUUUUUGCAGUCUUCAGGAUUUUCAAAACUCAAUUUUCUGCAAAAAUGGCCUGAUUUCCCUUUUGAAAACUUUGGUUUCUUACUUCCAAAACGUAUGCAAUAAACUGCGCACUUUAGCAUUUCAGAUGAAUAUUACAAGUAUUUAGGUCUAUUUCUGUGUUAUGUAGGCAAUUAAAAAAUGUCUGCAUGAACUGUUUCACAAUAUUUAAAACACAAAGUACUGCUACUUAUAAAUAUUUCAUAAAGAAACAGGAACUUGAAAUUAUAUGAAUUAAUCUUGCAAGUGUAUGUAGCUUCUGUACAAAAUGUAUGACGGAUAUGUCAUAGGUUUGUAUGAAAGCAGUACUUAGCAGUUACAUCACAUAAUAAUACAGAGUUCAGAGAUUCACAACUUCUUGAGCACAGAAUAUUGUGAAACUUAAAAUACUUAACUGAAAAGUUUUGGUUAGUUUGUAUUUGUACAAAAAACAAGUAAAAAGCAGCUCCACGGGUAGAAACACUCUAUAUAACUUCUGUUUUUAUUCAUUAAAGUUAUUUAACUUCAGUUUAUUUCUGGUUGUAUCACAUUUGUGAUUCCUGGACUGAGUGUUUCUACCCGUGGAGCUGCUUUUUACUUAGUUUGUAUUUGUACCAUAGUAGGGCUGUUGUGGUGCAAAUUCAAAAAUAACACUGCCAGUAAAUUUAACUAUUUCCUUAUCAUUAAAAUGAAUCCUUUAAAAGAUUUGAAAAUAAGCAUAUUCAACACAGUGCUUAUUCAUCUAGCAAAUAUCAUUGUUGAUCCAUCUUAUAUGUACAAUAUGUUAUAGUAAUGUUGUAAAUAAAUGACUAAAUUAAAUUAUGAAUGGUAGGUAAUAUUAGCAGAACUGCAGUUUGCAGAUUGGGAAGUCCCCUUCACCUCCCUAUAUGGAGGGCUGUGUCAUUUCUAAACAAAGUAGCAUAAUGCAGCAACACAAUAUUGUACUAUGCACUUAACACUCCCACUAGUAAAAUAGUCUGGCGCCUUGAUCAUACAACCUUAGAGUAAAUGAAAUAUUUGACUUUGCCAGAAAACCGAGUAUUCCUUUAUCCUGACUUAGUAUGACCACGGAGUUGGAAUAUGUAACUAGAGGGCACAUCCUUCCACGAGGAUGCAAAAAAAUUAAUGAUCUGUCUUUCAAAAAUUAACAAUGCGACACUUGUUUUACAUAUUAAUUUGAGUUUAAGGUUUUCAUGCACUGAAACGUAUAUUGUCUAGUCAGUUGAAGCAGACCGCUUUCCUUAGCUAUUAACUAUUUAAACAUUUUGUGAAUUACAGGUUUGUAAUUUUCAUAGUUAGCUUUUAUUGUUGAAUCAUCUAGUUUGAAACUUAAACUAAGAAAUGUGUUUCAUACUAAUUUAUUUCAGCAGGUUAACUCUUUCAGUAUCUCAAUUUUGAGAAGCAGAUUUUUGGUAAAAUAUCGGUUAAUAAGAUAUUACUUGUCCAUAUCCAACUUCAUAUUAACAGAUAUCUACUCCAUGAAUCUUGACACUGACUACUGCAAUGUACAUGCAUUUCAGCUCUUAUGCACUGAGCUAACUUGCUAGAAGACACUGACCUACAUGCAAUCAGGUGGCGGUAAUGGUUCACAUCUGCCUCUUCUAUUCCAAGACCAGCCAGAGGUUGUUGAACGGGAAGCAUGUCAGGAUUCUCUUAAAUAGUGGCCAAGAGUCUUGAAUAGUUCCUACAUCUUUCUUUACUGACUGGAUAACUGGAAUAAUGCAAUAUGAAGCUAGUCAUACUCAUCAUGGACUAGCAGUUUGUUUUGUAGGAACAUAUGAGUUACAGAAAAGUAUUACUGUUACCUCUGCAUCUUUAGUCCCAUUGUCUGUCACACCAUGCUUUCAUAAAAAUUUAUGAGAGUCGUCUGAUGCAGUACAUACUCCUGGACGAGUUAAUACAACUCAAGUGGAAACUGGAGUACUUAUUCAGCUAGCAAAUGCUGUAGACCCACAAAUGUAUUAAAAUGUUACUUACAUGUAGAUCAUGUGUAGUAAGAUCCACCCAUCAGUAUUUAGGUGCAGAAGUGUAGCUAGGUCUUGUGGCAUUCUCUGCACUUUUCCAAAUAGAUGCCCCCUUAAUUUAAAGCUAAGAAACAGCAAAAAAAAAAAAAAAAAAAAAAUCUGAUCUUCUGAAGAUAAAGAACCACCCCCCCCCCCCAAAAAAAAAAAAAAAAAAAAAAAAACUUUUCUACACACACAAACUAUCACAAUCGGCUUGGUACAAUUAAAUGAGCACACAUUCAGUGGGUCAGUCACGACCACAUCUGCACUAUCAAUGUUUGUUUAUAAUGCGUAUACUGCACUCCUGUACCAUUGGUACCUACCGACUGCCGUCCCUAACAGUUUGUGCCUGGGACCUAGUUAUGUUAGGUAAAGGGUAUAUUCAAAAUCCAUGUACAUAUCAUCUGUAUAACCUAGCUGAGUUUAUAUUUUACCAUCAAGGUAGAAACUGUCCCUGACAAUUAUUUGACAGAAGAAACGUGACUGCAGUUAUCCAUACUGGCCUGUGUGAACCACUACACAAUCAAAUAUUAACAUAUCUAAGAGCCAAAAGAAGAAAACAUUUCAAAAAUGCUUUAAUAUACCUUGCAUUGGUCAUUCAAGUUUAUCUGCCCUUUUAUGUUACCUAGUUUGUUUGUUAAGCCAGAUGUAACUGCUCUUAGAGUUUUUCUUAAGAACAAAUGCAUGCACAGAUUAUGAAGAAUCUGCAGUGUUGGAUUUCAGCUCUGAAUAAAAAAAUGUCAAACAGUAA